GACGCGUGACGAUAGCGGAAGAAUCCAAGGCUGCUAACGUGGCUAAGAGCCAGACAAAAACAACAGUAGCGAACGAACUCAGAUAAAUAAAAGCCAGUGAAAAAAAGGCGAAACUCGCACAGUUGAUUGCCGGCAAAGUGCGGGAAUAAACAAAUAGGAAAUACAAUUAUUUGUUCCAGGAAAAGUGCGAGCAAACACAAGGUGUUUUCCCAGUGCAAGUGUGAAACUCAAACAAACUUUUUAAUUGAUGAAUUAAUAAAUUAAGGCUCGAGAAAAGGCUCGUCAGCGAAGGACUAUUUUUUAAUGGACGUCACCGCAAGAACAAGAAAAAGACCAAUAAUAAUAAUAGCCGGCAGGAAGGGCGAAGAACCAGCGUCAUCAUGAUCAUGAUCAUGACCAACGUCCUGUCAACGUGAAAUGAAAACGAAAUUCAAAAAGUUGUCGUGCCAUUUCUGAGCGAAGACCUGCCCACAGAGACGCCACCAAAAAAAAAAACGCAAAAAAGGAACAAGGAACCCGAACAACAAAAAUCGUAUAAAUAUAGGAACAGAGAAAAUGAAGUCUGUCAUUCUAUAUCCAUACGGACCGCUAACGGGCGGCACAAGUUGUUGCCGCAUGUUGCAUGCCAAAAAUUUGGCCAUAACAAGUGCAAUUUACACAAUUAAUAUAUCACUUUUAAUUGUGCUGAUAUACUCGUGGCGCAUCAAUGUCAACAUGCACAAGUCGAGUGACCUGCAGGAUGUCUACUACGGUGUGCAAAUAGCAUAUUUUGCCAUUAUUGGCACACAAAUGUCCAUGAUAUUGCUCAGCAUUGUGCUAAUAUUUGGAAUAUGUCGGGAGAACCCCGGAUUAAUUGUACCCUGGAUAAUUGGCUAUAUAACAUUUAUGGCCCUGGAAGCUGUCGCCAUGGUCUACUCCAAUGUGCUGCGCGAUCAUGUAAAUAAGCAAUUCGAUGCCAUGUGCAAAGCGGAGGUGGCGUUUUUUAUCGCCCGAGCUUUCAUCAAUGUGCUGGCCAUGUGGGGAGUUCUGCGCUUCUACAAUUUGGUUCGCUCUGGAAUUACCUGGCGGGGUCCGGAGGCAAAAACCGCCAUUUUCGCGCCAAUGUACAAAAGCGUUAACACCAACAAGCCGCACACAUACACUUACAGCAAAAGGUCACGGCGCCGCCAUAGCAUCGAGGCCACUUCCGGCGGAUGCUGCGCUAUCUUCGAUUUCGAUUUCGAGUACGAUGACGAUAACUAUGACGACGACGAUGACGAUGAGGCGGCUGCCUUUGGCGACGGCCUGGAUACGGAGGACGAAGUGGGUUACGAUUAUGAUGAUUACUACGAUUACUACGACGACGAGGAAAUGGCAGAGCAACAGGAAAAGGAGCUGCACAAGGACGAUGCCGAUUGCAGUAUGCUGGGCGCCACCAAAACGAGACGAACACGAUCUGCAGUGGUGAAGGUCAAGGGUCAUCGGCGCACCAAUAACAAUAUUCGCAGCGUGCUGAUCAACAAGCGGCACAACAAAUACAAAAUAGCCCGACCCCAGACCCAGCUGGAGGUCAUCAACGAGUCGGAGCGGAGUGCGGGGAGCGGCAGCGAUGAGAACGACUCUCUAUUGGUGGCCUAUGACAGCAGCUCGUCCCUGGCGUCGGUUUGACAUUGGCCGCCGCCAUGUAAGUCCGGAAGCGGAAAUGGAAAUGCAGCCAUUGGGUCAUUGCGAGGUGACACCAAUCAAUCGAAGCCAAGCGGAAAAUCCCGAACAAGUGCUUACAGCAAAAGCGGAUCCGGAACCGGAAGCGACGACAGCGACGAUCCUGACGAGGGCCAGCAUCUGGAGCCUGGCUGGGCGAAGGACCUCGCCCUCGGUGGUCAAUGUUGUGGUCAGCGUCAACGCCGACGUCCACUGCGACGCGUCUACUGCGCUGUGAAUCUGUCCAUAAUGGGCCUCCUGGUGGCCGUGGAGAUCUACGCCCAGGUGGCCAUAUUUUUGUAGAUCAUAAAUCAAAAAGUACUUUAUAUAUAAAACAAAUACUAUGAUUUAUUUUUGAGGGUUAAAGUUACCUUAUUUUAUAUUUAAUUUAUUGAUAUUUCUGAUAUUUUUUUCUCUACGAAAAUCACUAAAUAAAAUAAAUACUAAUGUUUUAGAUAGCUUGGUAUUUAAAAUCUGAAAUAAAUAGUUUAAAAUAUGUGUACAAAUGAUUAUAAUCAAAAACAUAAUAAUCAUAUUAGUCAUACCAUUUUUCAGUCUUGAAGGUUUUUUGAAGAGUCUUUUAUUUAAAAACUUUAUUUGAUGAGUUUAUAUAUUUCUUAGGUUUUUCCAUCUACUUGAAAACUAUAAAUCUUUUUAAAAAUUUGUUAUAGUUAAUCGCAAUAAGGAUUGCUUUACUUUUUUACAAAUAAAUCUCUGCAGAAACAUAUUUUUAUGUUUAACAUAAUAAAACAUUUUAGUUUAUAGCUAGCUUUAAAUAAAAACUUAAGCCCAAAGAAAAAAAAAACAAAAAUUUCUUUAAUAAUUAGAACAAUAAUAGAAGUAAAACAUAACAUUUAAAGUAAAUGCUUUUCCCAACAGAAGCUCUAAGAGAGAAACCCUCGCAGCCAAAAUAAAAAUCUGUGCAAAGCUUAAGAUACAUUCUUUGCAAUUCCCAGAUAAAAGCUUUAAAGUUACUCAAUGGAAUCAUAUGUCUAACCUUAGAAGAAUUAAAAACAAGUCCCGGAGAAAUGUAACAGCAACAAUAAACGCAAAAUUCCAUUAAAGUUAACCAAAAAACGUUUAAAAUGUUUAGAGAGUGCUUAGGAAAAUACUUUGUAAAUACCUGCAACUAUUUCCAAUCGAUAUCGAUGACGUGAAUAUAAAAAGUAAGAAAGAAACAAUAUAAUAAUCAUAUCUAUUAAUGUUGUACAUACAAACCAUACCUAUAGGAAGUAAUCUUAAGUACAGUUGCGCCAAAAACAAAACACAAACUAGACAGCCAGUUCGAAACUAACCAAUAAAUGUGAGUUGAUGUAUACCUUAACGUAAACCCAAUAAUAAUAAAUAAACAAUUGAUUUUUGUGAAGAAAAAAA